AUGAGUAUGGAGAAUCAGAUAUUGCUUGAUAUAAGAUCAGUAAUAGACAGUGGACUUGUAACUGAAAUAUUUAGUCAAAAUAGUCCUGUUAGUUCUGAAAACUUUAAUCUGGAAACUGCAGUAAUUAAUAAUCCCAUUGAAGAAGGAUUGCUAUCUAGUCAAGACAAUAAUUUAUGCACUGUAAAUGUGGGAGAGACUUUGUUAGAUCACUUCAAGUAUCCACUUACCAUUGAAAAUCAAAAUACAAUAGUAAAAGUUGAAGUACAUCCACAUGGAAACAACAGCUGUGAUGAUGAAGAUCUUGAAAAAUACAAGGAAUUAAAUCUUCCAGAAGAAGCUGAACAUAUACAUUCACCUUAUCUGCCUUCAAAUGGUGUCCACUUUCUUUCUUCUGUAGCAAUACAGCAUAAAAAUUGCAGUGUUCCAACUACAAGCAUUUUCUCUCCAGAAGGAACAGUCAAUCAAAAUGUCAGAAUGAUACCAGUGUUCAGAUCAUUCAUACCUCCAAUUGCAGUUGAGAAUAAGUCUAUUUAUUAUGAUCAGUUUAAAGGAAUCCAAAACAGUACUAUGCAGUUACAAAACUUGACCAAUUGCUUAAAUGAAUCUUCCAGUGAUAUCUGUGGCUUACCUCAGAAUAGUGCUUCUGUCUAUGAUGAAAUAGUUAUCUGCCAGUUGGAAGGAGGUACUCAAAUACUCUGUAUAAACAAUUGUGGUACACAAGAACUAAACCCAGUUCAUCUAAUUCCUGAGUAUCACGACCAACAUCAUUAUCUUCAAUCAGAUGUGGACAACCCUGUAACAGCUGUACUGGGGCAGUUUUUGCCUGUUCCAGGUGAACUGGUUCUGAAUGAACAAGAGUUUGAAAAUGGACCCUUACAACCAGUAGCUAACACUGCCACGUUCCAUCUAGAAUCAAAUCUGCAUGGGCCAGUGAAAAUGACCUCAGAGGGCUUACGUUUUGGUUCAGGGAUUACAAAGUCUAUGAAACCAUGUAACUGCACAAAAUCUCAGUGUCUUAAAUUAUAUUGUGAUUGCUUUGCCAAUGGUGAUUUUUGCAACAACUGCAACUGCAAUAAUUGUUACAACAAUCAAUUUCAUGAAACUGAACGAUUCAAAGCCAUUAAGGCCUGUCUUGAUAGGAACCCAGAAGCUUUCUUACCAAAAAUUGGGAAAAGGAAACUAGGAGAAAUUAAACCCCACCAUAACAAAGGAUGUAAUUGCAAGCGCUCAGGAUGCCUCAAGAAUUAUUGUGAGUGCUUUGAGGCUAAAAUUAUGUGUUCCUCUAUUUGCAAAUGCAUUGGUUGCAAAAAUUAUGAAGAAAGUCCAGAUGAAAAAAAACAGUUGAAUGUGCUAAACUACGUGGACAUUGGAAAUAAUGAAGGAAAUAGCCCAGUUUUAACAUCAACAUUCAAAAUGUUACCAAAAUUGAAGAAGGACAGGCAACCAGCUAUAUGUAUAACUUGGGAAGAAGUGAAAGCAAUAUGUGCUUGUCUUCUAGUGCAAGCUGAAGAGGCAGAAAAAAGAGGUUACUCUAUCUGUCUAGCUGAGCGGAUGAUAAUGGAGGAAUUUCGGAGGUGUUUAUCCCAGAUCCUACGUGCAUAAUUAAAAUCUAAAGGACUGAAAGUUGAGUAAUGUUCAAUGUAUUAUAAAGCCAAUAAGUAUUAAUAUUGAUAUGUUGCCAUAAUCUCCACAAUUUUGCUACUUAAUGAUCUUACUUUGAUCUUUCAUAGGAAUAAUUUCAUUGACUUCAGCUGAAUUCUUUCUGAAUUAUGCUGGUGUAAGCAGCACCACAUCCAGCAUUUUUCCGAGUAACUUAAUAUGUACAAAGCUUAGUAUAUUUUCUACUAAAACAGAUUUUCUCUGUAGUUAGGGCUUUCUGAGCUGAUUCUUCAGUCUUUACUUAGACUCCUAUUAAAAGUAAGUUUAACUUAAAAUUACUUUAUUGGAAUGUUUAUGUGAGUGGAGAUGCAGUAAAAACUGAGUAAGAAUUUGCUAUCUUAGUUUGGUUAUUUUAUUAAUUGUGAAACAAUUCCAUUUCCAGUGGUAGUAGGCAAAUCUACUGAGUUUAGCUUUGGGUCUUCUCUGUUUUGGCAACUUAUUUCUGCUGUCUGCAGAUGUACUCUUUUUGGAAAACAGAGCAAUGUUGUCAAUAGGUUUGGUAUUUACUGUUGGAAAAAAAACACACACCAGACUUUGUUCAACGUUAUAUUUGUUAGACAGAUGAGCCUCCUAAAGAAUAGGAGGAAGAUGACCUCCUUUUUACUCCUAUUGUAAAGUACAAGACUUUGUGAUGGGAAAAUCUUUUAUGUGCAUAGCAUUUAGGAUUGAAAUUUGCUGAAUCCUACAUUUGCAAUCCAGUUUCCCUUAAAGCUUGGAAUAGCUUUUGUUUAAUUAUUAAUUUUUCUUAUGUGGACAUUUUCUCUGUGACAUUUCUUCCUCUUCUCGUUUUCACUGUUGGGAUAAUAGUAGAUUUUAUUUUCUCUAACAGGAGUGAGCUAUUUGCUGCCAUGUUUCUGGAAAAGAAAAAAUGAGUUAAAAAUUGUUAUCUAAAUUAAUUGACAGAUUAUAUAAAA